GCAGAAGCGGAGAGGCGAAGCUAGCUAGGCCAACCAACAGAGACACAGAGACAGCCCGGCCGUCGCCAUGGAUCGCAUGCACAGUCGAGGUAAGGGAAUUUCUGCUUCAGCUCUUCCGUACAAGAGGACUCCUCCGAGCUGGUUGAAGAUCUCUUCCCAGGAUUAAGCAAAUUUCUGCUUCAGCUCUUCCGUACAAGAGGACUCCUCCUAGCUGGUUGAAGAUCUUCUCCCAGGAUGAACCUUUACUUGAUCAUAAGUGGUGGGGUGUUAUUAUAUCAGGGAGCAUGUUUUCACAAGAAAUAAAGUUCAAGGUCGUCACCCACCGAGCAGGCUGUGGAAGGGAAAGUUCUUCUAUACAAUUGGCAGAUUCAUUCAUGUGGGCGUCUUUGACGUACAGCAGCACAAGAAUUCUGCGCUACUGGCCUCUUCUCCUUCCACGUGUCCCUUCUCCUCCUCCUCUUCCUCUUCUCGCCAUUGCUCCUUCUUUCACUUCUAUGGACAACAAUGCUAAUACCAGCAGCACCAACACUUCUUCAUUCGCCUCCUUUGCUCGCUCCAACACAAGUGGUGGUAGAGGAAGAGACUUGGAGAUGAAAAAUGAUAGACAGAGAUUGGGAGGUUGUGGAAGUGGAAGUGGUGGCGGUGGCAGUGGCGGAGGCGGCGGUAAAGAUAAGAUUGACACACUUGGUAGAUUAUUGACACGAAUUUUGCGCCAUAUGGCUUCUGAACUGAAUCUGCAUAUGCGGAGUGAUGGGUACGUGAAGGUUAAUGAUCUCUUAAAGCUCAAUUUGAAGACGUUUGCCAAUAUCCCAUUAAGAUCACAUACUGUUGAUGAAAUUAGGGAGGCGGUCUGCAGAGAUAACAAGCAGAGGUUUAGCCUCCUGGAAGAAAAUGGAGAGCUUUUAAUACGCGCAAACCAAGGUCACACGAUAACGGCAGUUGAAUCUGAAAGACUAUUAAAGCCCAUUCUUUCAGCUGAUGAAAUUCCAGUGUGUGUACAUGGAACUUAUAAGAAGAAUUUGGAAUCCAUAUUAGAGUCUGGUCUAAAACGCAUGAAAAGAUUACAUGUGCACUUCUCUUGCGGCUUGCCGAUGGAUGGUGAAGUGAUUAGUGGCAUGAGACGAGAUGUAAAUGUCUUGAUAUUUCUUGACGUCAAAAAAGCUUUGGAAGAGGGAAUGAAGCUCUACGUCUCCGACAACAAAGUAAUACUGACUGAGGGUUUUGAUGGUGUUAUACCUGUCAAGUACUUCAAAAAGAUAGAUUCAUGGCCGUCUAGACAACCUAUUCCUUUUUGAGCUAUUGGGUUUGACCAAGAAUGGUUGUUUUGUUUUCCCUUUUUCUCUUCGUUUUGGUCCCCCGGAAUGGUCACUUGAUUAACUUUGGGACGAUGAAAUAAGCUGGUUCCAUUUUUCCAUCAUAGAUGUAUAUUUAGCUCUUGAAUUACAUAAUUUAUGCCUCCUUAUCAAUGUGGCAUGGAAUUUGAUAUUGUUGCCUUGGAAGUA